AUGUCAUCAUCCAGGUUUAAGGGCCUGUCUCCUCAGAAACCAAGAACACAGAAGUACGAGCCUAUAGAACAGAUCUUAGUAAUUACACUUUUAAACUGCAAAACUCUUCUUGCGUCUCCUCUUCUUCUUUCUUUCUCUUUUUCCUUUGAUAAAUGGAGAGAUGAGAGAGAGAUCUCGAUCUCGACGAUUGCUCUUUCACCGUGGCAUCUUCUUCUCUUAGCUUCGAUUUCUCUCAACUUCGUCUUAGGUAUAUCUGGUGAUUCGAAGAGUUCGAGUACUGAAGCAAAAGCUGAAUCUCAUACUUCUUCCAGCAAAACAGACACAAAAGUGAUACUCAUACUGCUCGGGUUUGGUGCUGUAGCGGGAUUCACGUUUGUCUUGUACAAACUGUGGCAGAAGAAGAAAAGAGACGAGCAGUAUGCUCGGCUGCUGAAGCUGUUCGAGGAGGAUGAUGAACUCGAGGACUCCUGAUUAAAAGUAAAACCAAAAUCUGGAACAAUG